UAUGGCCUUUGUUCUAAAGCAUUUAUAGCUAUGGAUUUGCCAGAAGAGAGCCAGUGGGAUGAAACUACCUGCAACUUGGCUAUUUGUCAGCAUCCACAGUGCUGGGCAACUGUCCGAAGGAUUGAGAGGGGCCAUCCUCGAAUCCUGGGCUCACUGGGCAAAACUCCCCUGGAUGUUCAAGAUAAACUCCCAGUGCUCACGGUUGCAAACUUCUCCAAUUCCUACCUCCAGGCCAAGAGACUCACUCAGCAACAUUUAUCAGGAUUUACCUUCACUAAAGCCCGUUCUUUAUUGUGUCGGGGUUCAAAGCUUGACUUCAAGUUUCAACGAAGGCCUCAGAGGAGUUUCCCUGACAAAAGUGUGAUGGAGCAUACUGAUAGAUUUCCAAAACUUUCAGUGUUGAAUUUGAAUGAGACACAACUACCUUGCUCUGAAGAUGUCAGAAAUAUGGUUGUAAUCUGGAUCCCAGAAAAAACGGAGAAGAAUGUCUGGGAGGAAGUCAUGGUCAUUCUUGUUUCAAGCUCAGCUGAGAAGACACCUACUUUUUGGCAUGGGAAGAAGAGAAGAAAGAAAUUGAAAGGGGAAAGUAAGCCACCUCUGUGUCUCCCUGGAAGGCAGUACACAGACACACGCUUGGAAACUCCAGGAGUGGUGGUGCCUCCCCCAUCUCCAGUACACUUUUUUGAGCAGUCGAGUUCGGAAUCUGUCCCGGUCUGGGCCCAUGCUGACUCACUACCUCAGGAUCUGCUGAAGGACCUUUUGCCAGAUGGAGGAAAUAAUGUGCCCUGUGCAGAGAUGAAGCUACAGUUAUCUGUGAUGAAAAGGAAUCUUCCUCUGGAAAAGAACCGUCCUGACAGUGAAAUUUCUUCUAAGAUGUUUCUAACUAUACAACGCCUCACCUUGCAAACACCAUCAUUGCGCUAUCCUGAGGGUGUGAAGAAAUUGCACUAUAACCUGAAGAGAGAUGGUUCCAGGAAGCAGCAGCAGUGGCAGCAGCAGCGCCAGCAGCAGCAGCAGCAGCAGCAGCUGAGGAAGAUGAAAACCACAGCUAAGAAACAGGAGGCUAGAAAGAAAUCCAAGAGUGAUCCAGAGAGCCAGAAAUCUUCAUGUAAGCAUUCACUUGCCAUCAUCUAUAACCCUGUAUAUGCUAAGGAGACAUGUCAGUCAACUCUGUCGGUUUCAGAAAGUGAUGUGAAGUUGGUGGAGAUGGAAGCCAUCUCAAAGCAGGGUGUCAUAACGCAAUCAGUGAUGGAUGACUUUGACAACUACCUGGCUUUGCUCUCCAGUCUGGAAAGUACUGACAAAUCUGAGACAGAAUUCUCUUACAACGAAGCUAGUCUUCCAGAGGAUGCUACGUUGGGAGCCUCAGCUGCUGUCCACAAGAAGGCCCUCAAAAACUUUUCAGAAAGUAUGGCGAAAAUAGGCUGGAACCCUGAGCUCAAACUGCUAAGGAUUCUUCAGGCUACUGCUGAUGAGGAAGAGGAAAACCAUCCAUCAGGGGCUCAGAGUGUGGAGUCUCUGGAACUAUAG